GCAGACGCGGUAAGUCAGCCUGAGCUUGGAUCUUCACUGGGUUGGGAAUAAAAGUCACUGGAGUGGCCUGCACAGAGCAGAGGGAUAGGGACGAUGCAGACGUACAACCACAAGAAAUGGCCGAAGAGUUGACAGAGCCAAAAAUGCUUAGAAGCAGUAGCUGGGACUCCCAGAGAGAGGAGGGGAGGGGAGAGGUGCCCCCCACAGUGUGUCUCCUAGACAGCUGACACUGCAAAAUCCUGUUGAAAGCAUGGGGGGGGGUCAAGGGAGCAGACUCCUGUUGGUGGGAGGAGGCAAGGAGUCCACUCCAGCAAGUCGUUUUCUUUUUCUUUCUUUCUUUCUUUUUCUUUUUUUUUGAGGCAGGGUUUCUCUGUGUCGUUUUGGUGCCUGUCCUGGAUCUCGCUCUGUAGAUCAGGUUGGCCUCGAACUCACAGAGAUCCGCCUGGUUCUGCCUCCCGAGUGCUGGGAUUAAAGGCAUGCGCCACCACUGCCCGGCCACUCCAGCAAGUGGUGAAGGAAGAAUUCAUAUGUGGCAGAUGACCACAUUGCCUGGCCCCCUCCCCAGAUGCCCCUUCCCAAAGUGGGCUCAUGCCUAGAGGUACUGAAAUGCCACUGGCGACCACACCCUGUAUGGUUCUGGAUACCUGUACCAUUGGGGACCCUGGGUGAUCCUCCCUACCUCCCAGUAGGGCCUGGAUCCCUGCCAGCUGUGUUGAAUUAGAGAAGGGAUAUAUAGUCAUGGGCUCAGUCCUUCCCUGGUGGGGAGCAGGGAUGGGGACAGAGAGGCUCCAGUGUUUGAUUGGCUCUCCCCUACGAGAAUGUGGGUGCCAUGCAGUGUGUCUCUGUCUUGGCCAGUGCCUAGCUCAGUUAUGCCCUUUCGUGGGGUGGGAGCCCCGGGCUCAGUAUCUCCACCUUGCAGAAGCUCCUCUACCCCCUUCCGGGUCAGUUGCUGCCUUCACUCUGUGAAGACGGUUCUUUCAAAAGACUUCUAUUGCGUAAGUACUGUGCUCUCACUCUAGAAAAAUUAGAAAACGUCAGGCCAAAUAACAAAACUAUCGAUAAGUGUUAUCAAAGUACAGGCCGCCCCUCCCCCACCAGAGCGAGCAGCGACAGUCCUCCAGAGGUUUGUGUUUAGACCUGGGGACACCUGAGGGAGCCCAGCACGGCUCCAUCACUGCUUGCCCUCUCUGUCUCCAACCCCUCCCCGGCCAGAGUCGGGUAUUGAUGUCACCCCCUCCGACGGGACAUUAAAGAGUUGACAUGUGUGGAGUGCUUGGAGCAGUCUGGCAGGGAGCACUAGCCAGGCUGACCUCAUUAUGGAGAUGUGCACACCCUUAGAAACAUUUUAUUGUGGAAACUCCAGGCAUCUGCACAGGCUGCCUGCCCUGGCGCCUCGCCUGCAGUUCACGACUCUUGGCCCACCUGCUCCACUGCUUGCCUCCCUCCUUCCUCCUGAAGGCAUCAUCGUAAGGUUCCCCCAGGGAGUAAACAGACUCUCUCCCUCUCUCUUUCCAUCUAUUAGCUCUCUUGAAAACACAAUCACAUUCAUUCAGAGCACAAACGUCCCUAAGGGCUCCAUUCAUUUGUGCUCGCGGUUUAUCUGAAUCUGGAUUCGCCUGAGACCCAUGGGCUAGGAUUCCUACCUGGGGCUCCCCUCAGCUAACUGCAUCUAGGUUGCUUCUCUAGAAGCUUCCCAAGGCUUGGAUAUUGCGAACUUCUUUUCACACCCAACAUCUGAAACAAAUGCAGUGAUAUUUGUUGUGUCCGUGAAUUCAGCCCAACACUGGAGAACGCUGGAAACUCAAUUUGACUCUUCCCUGAGUGGUUUCACGUUGAGUUCAGCACUCGGCCUGCUGCAGUCCUACAAGGAUGCCUUCGUCCCUUCCCCCUGGCCUCCAGGGCAUCAGAAGGCAAAGUCAAGCUAAGGAAUCUGGUCCUUAAGUCGCUGUGUCCAGAGGCGUGUGCUCAGCCAUCCACAUCUCACACAGUGCCGCCAUGAGUAACCAAGGGAUGUCCCGUCCCGGUGGGAAGUGUAAUUCCUGUCCGUCGGUUUACAGUUUGCAUUUCGGCUUCUGCAGGAUCCUGUCUCCUGAAGGAGGAAACUAGAGCUCAAGCUGUCAUUUAACUUAAGUGUCAGGCGGAGCGACACCUUCAAGUGGAUGGAAGAUGGAGGCCACUCUUCCAGGGUCAGCUUCUGGUCAGGAGGCUCCCUGACCCCUCAGCCUCCAGCAGAACUUGGUGAGGCCUCGAGAACGGGUUACCUUAUGGUUCUCAGGUACCCUCCAACUCUAGCCAGCUUCUCCACCCUCCUCCUCAUGUUUGCUUCUGGAUAUCUCCUUCGGUGUUUCUUCUUGUCGCAGCAGGAAGCUGCACUGGGUCCCUUCACAACUGCACCUGUGUCCCUCCUUUGCUGGUCUCCUUGCUCCUGACAGUGUCCUCAUUUGCAGCUGUAGACCUCACUGCUCCAAGGUUGUGACUCAUCGAGCAAGACGCAGAGGCUGGCGCGCAGGCGCUGUGUCACCAACAGAGGCAGCUGGUCCAGGCUCGGAAGUGACGCAUGUGGUGAUGGAGCAGACCUCAGCCGAGGAGGCCAUCUGCUGGCAGAAGAACAUGGAUGCUCUUCUCCCAGGCCGCCCCCAGCCAGUUCUGCUGGACAUCAGCUGGUUUACAGAGAGCAUGGCGGCAGGGCAGCCUGUCCCUGAGGAGGUCCGGCACCACCUGGAGGUACCUGAACCCAGGAAGGAGCCCCCAAGCUCAGUGAUGAUGCCAACUUACGCCUGUCAGCGUCCCACACCUCUCACACACCAUAACACUACCCUCUCAGAGGCUCUGGAGACCCUGGCAGAGGCAGCAGGUUUUGAAGGCAACCAGGGCCGUCUUCUCUCCUUCUCCAGAGCCGCCUCGGUGCUCAAGUCUCUCCCCUGCCCUGUCACAUCCCUGAGCCAGCUGCAGGGGCUGCCCCUCUUUGGAGAACACUCCUCUAGGGUAAUCCAGGAGCUGCUGGAACAUGGAACAUGUAAGGAGGUGGAACAAGUCCGCAGCUCAGAAAGGCACCAGACCAUGAAGCUCUUCACCCAAAUCUUUGGGGUUGGUGUGAAGACUGCCAACCGGUGGUACCAGGAAGGCCUGCGAACCCUGGAUGAGCUCAGAGGGCAGCCCCAGAGACUGACCCAGCAGCAGAAAGCAGGGCUCCAGUACUACGAGGACCUGAGCACCCCAGUUGGGCGAGCUGACGCGGAGGCCCUGCAGCAGUUGGUGGAGGCCGCUGUGAGACAGACCCUGCCUGGAGCCACCGUCACGCUGACCGGCGGUUUCCGGAGGGGGAAGUCAGAAGGUCAUGAUGUGGACUUCCUUAUCACUCACCCUGAGGAGGGCCAAGAAGCGGGGCUGCUGCCCCGAGUGAUGAGCCAACUGCAGAGGCAGGGACUUGUGCUGUAUCACCAAUAUCAUCGCAGCCACUUAGACUCUGGCCGCCUCCUGCGGCAGAACUACACCAUGGACGCCUUCGAGAGGAGUUUCUGCAUCUUGUGCUUGCCCCAGCCCCCGCGUGCAGCUUUAGUGGGGAGCCUGCAGCCCUGUCCAGCCCGGAGAGCCGUGAGGGUCGAUCUUGUGGUCACCCCCAACAGCCAGUUCCCCUUCGCUCUUCUUGGCUGGACUGGCUCCCAGCUUUUUGAACGGGAGCUGCGGCGUUUCAGCCGGCAAGAGAAGGGGCUGUGGCUCAACAGCCAUGGACUGUUUGAUCCCGAGCGGAAGACAUUUUUCCAUGCAACUUCUGAGGAAGACAUUUUCAGACUCCUGGGCCUCAAGUACCUCCCUCCAGAGCAGAGAAACGCCUGAUCCUGCCUGCUGGCCACCACACCCACGCACAAAAAAUGAGGGGUCGCCUCACGUUUGACCAGGAUGUUUGUGGACAGAAGGUGUGCUGCCACCCCAUCGCCUCACCUGUGCAAAUGGAGUUUUCAGCGGCGGCGGCGGCGGCGGGGACAUUGGCAAGGGGUGACCCUGAGUCAGCUUUCAACCGCCACACUCCCCAGGGUUGGGGGCUCUGAGCAGUUCGUAGAUCAUGGAACUAUGGCCGUCUGAAGUCUUGGUUCUGGUCCUGGUGUGAGCAUUUGGUCUGUCCAGCUGCUGUCUGCUGGAUACCCUAUUCAGUGUGCUGGAAAAGGGACCCGUGUGCCUGCCCUGUGCUUGAGCUGAUAUGGGAAGUAUAAUUCUGGUGAUGCACAAGAAACCUGAGUGAGGUCUGUGCUACAGAAUCUGGAGAAGGAAGUGGCCCAAGACAGCACCCUGGGGCUGCCGGGCGCCACCACCCACAGCUGGGCCCCAGACUUCAUAAGUGGCACAGCCCCAGAGUCCUCUUCCACAUGCCUCUUCUUCCACUCGUAGCUAUUGCCCCCUUCACACUCCAGCCUGGGCUGAGCCUAGCCUGCCUACCCACAGUCCCCUUUGCAUCCACAGCCCCACAGUGAAUUCUGGGACAGAGGCUGUGCAGCUCAGCCUGGCAGCAAUACUGAAAACCGGCAAGAUCAGUGGGCUGCAGCCGAGUGCCCUUGCUGUCUUGAGUUGUGAGGUGCAGGCUCCCCGGUCCUGUCUCAAAACCAGUCGCUCUGCCACUUCCGACAGCCCCUGCGGCAGUUCCAAACCUGCAGUCCUCAGGCGGGUCCGUGGCUCUGGCAUUUCUGUCACCUCUUCCAGUCUCAGCUGUAUCCCUCUAGUUAAGCCCCGCCCCUUCCCGGUUCACUUCCUGUCCCUGUUUGCAGACCCUUUGUGACCAACUCCUUCACCUACUUGAGGCAGAAGCACUGACGUGGACUCGGCACAAUGUCCUCCAUUUCCCUCACACCCCCGGCACCCUCUGACUCAGAAGGCCCUUGCCCUUGCCUACUGUCCACCCAGUGCCCACUCUCCCUGACAGAGGAGAGCCUCCCAGACCAAUCGCCACAUUAUAAGUAUUUUAAAGAUCGACAUUCAAUAAAGUGAAUUUUUUUUUAAUCUA